AUGUCGAGGUGGAGCCGCCUCCCGGAGGAGAUGAGACUCCAGGUGCUGGAGACCCUUGCGCAGGAUCCUCUCCACGGCACCUACGACCUGACCAACUAUGCUCUUGUCUGCAAGUCAUGGCAGAGCAUCUUCGAAAGAGCCAAUUUCCGGCGCCUGGUCCUCUGUCAAGCCGACCUGGAUGGCCUUGCGAAGAUCCCCAAGCGGUGCCGGCCCUAUGUUAGGCACAUAUGUCUUCGCAUUGAGAUGCAACAGUACCGCCCUUGGGCCGGUCCCGUGCUGGUGAUAAGACCGGAACGGAUGGAAGAUAUAGCGACAAACAACGACAUUAUCGAAUUGGCCAUUGGAAACCUUUUUCGCGUGCUCAAAUCUUGGGAGAAGGAGCUUCAGAGGGCUCAACCGAGCUAUCGCGGCAUAACUCUGGAGAUGAGUAUGCAUUCACCGAGCGACCCCAAAUACGUCUACAGAGGAGUCACUGCAACAGGACUGGAAAAGGGAUUGUCCUGGGAAAGCGAGGCUGGCCACGAAGGGGCCGUUGCCAGGGUAUUUGGUGGAUCUAUUCACAUCCGAUUUUACGAGAACCUUCCCCAGCUGAAUCUGGUAACAAGAUUCAUUAUGAAGAGACAUACACGCCGGCGGGUCUCAUCGUUUACGCUACACCAAAUACUUUCCAAACUUCCGCAUCUGCAAGACCUGGUUUACGAGCCAUGGCAACAAUCCCUGGACACGGUACAGGACCUUGUUGAUGCAGGAUAUGUCAAUCUUAUCAAGGGCUCACUACCAAAAGGGCUGAAACAUGUUACGCUUCUGGAAGACCACCCAUAUGGACAGGCGGGACUUUCUGUACCAUCAGAUUCGGCACAAAAUGCAUCUGCACGAACAUCAAAUCCCUUCGUUGGUGCCGCUUUGGCAAAGAGAAGCGUCAACUUUGAGAGUCUCUCGGCGUCAUUUCUUGUCGAAGCGAACGACUUCUUCCGAGCGUAUAAGCGAGAGUGGACUUGGGCAGCCUUGCGGUCCCUGACAUUAACAUCGCGAUAUCUGGAUUCUAAGCGAAGCUCUGACGAGAUUAAUGGCAUGCUCAAGGCGGCUGGCGACGCAGCACUUGCGAUGCCCGUGCUUCGAACCAUGGAGAUAUGGAAUGGUGGCCCUGGGUACGCAGCCGUUUUUGAGUAUCACGCGGAGCACGGUGAAGCCUACAUAGCGUGGCACAGCACCUGGGAUUUGGUCAUUGACGCACACGUUAUCAAGGCCUGGGAAUUUGUGGGCUACAAGAACCAUGGUUGCCGGAUUGGUGUACAUGAUGAGCACACUCUUAUAGGGACUGGCGAUGAAUUCCGGCACUAUCAAGAUGUUAUCCAACGGCUCAGGACGAGAAAGAACGUCAUCAGCCGACAAAGCCUGGACGAGCUGCGAUUAGAAGUCCAGGACGGAUGCAUGUGCUGUCCGUAG